AUGGACAGGGGCGGGCAGCAGCAGCAGGCGGGGGGGCAGCAGGGGGGCGGCGGCCUUCAGGGUGGGGGGCCGCACCACCGCACGCAGGACGACGCCGCCGUCGGGUACAUCUUCCAGCGGCCGCCCGAUCCCGAGUUCCCGCCCUUCGGGCCGAAGCAGCUGAGGUGGGCUCACGGGGACGACAGCAUCAUCGAUAACCACGACAAAUGGAAAUACCCGAUGGUGAACACCAAAAUAUCCACCCCGCCAAAUGGUAACGGCCCAUCGCCGUACGACAUGUCGCAGCAGCAGCAGCAGCAGCAGCAACACACCAAAUCCAUGCUGCAGCACCAGCAGCUGCAGCAGCACCACGAGCACCUCGUCUACAUGCCCAACCAGUUGCUGGCCCACGCCGGGGGCAUGCCGAUGCCGCCCCACGGGCAGUACUUGCCGCCCCCACCGCAGGCCACCCAACAGUCGUUGGCGGCGCAGCAGUCGAUGGUGCAGCAGAUGAGGCACCAGUCGCAGGUGAGUCAACAACUCAUCCCGUUCGGAUAUAGCAGCAACCACCAGUCCACGAAUCAGAUUGCACCGGCAGCAAAAAAAUUAUGGGGCUUCGAAACCAAGGACGCUACCAGUAAAUUGGCCCUCAAUCAUGAAGGAGUGUGGAGAGACCCCACGUGGGCAGCUCCAGAACACAACGUGUCCGCCUCGCUGGCGAUGGGCAGACGACCUGGCGGCGGCGUGGGCGGAGGCCCGUUCACCGCGGGCGGCAACGGCGACCCGACGGGCGGCGGCAUCCUAUCGCCCCGCGGCAGCGACAACGGCGGUCUCGGCGUCAAAAUGGUCGAGUACGUGUUGGGCACGUCGCCUACCGGCAAGGAUAGCGGGGGCGGCAGCGGGGGCGGCUUGGAACCGCGAAUGCGCGCGCUACACCUGCCCGACGACAAGGAGUCGAAGGAGAUGGGCAAGCAGCCGGCGUCGCAGGGCAGUCCGUCGAACAAGGAGGAGUGUAACGGGGGCGGAGGAGGCGGCAGUGGGGGUGGGAGUGGGGGCGGCGGGGGGCAACAGGUGGUCGUGCAGAACGGGCAGGUGGGCGGGCCGGACGACGACAAGGGCGGAUUCAACCGCACCUCCAACAGCCGACAGCCCUCCCCAGCCGAAGAGGAACUCAGCAAAAAUGGCAUGGCCGCCUUGGACCCUUCCGCCGCUCUGGCCGUCCUCAAGCAGCAACAGCACCACCAGCAACACCAACAGCAGCAGCAGCAGCAAGAGCAGCAGAUGCAGCACCACCACCAGCUGCACCAGAUGCAGCAGCACCAUUUGGCGCCGCAUCUGGGGGUGACGUUGGCAGAAUCGGUGAAUCAGCAGUUCGAGCAUUUCGUCGGGGAGCAGCAGCAGCAGCAGGGGGGCAGUAUUUAUGAGCAGCAUCAGCAGUACGCGCCGCAGCCGCACCAGGUGGAUAGCGCGGUGUUGCAGCAGCAGCAGCACAAUUUCGAUGUACAGCCCGUCAAUGCGACGCCUGCUUUCGAACGGUGUAGGGACGCUUUUGAAGGACGACAGCGACGCCAAACUGAGCGUAAGGGAUGCGGCCCUUUGUGUGUGCAAAUGGGCGUGCAAAUACAACUGGGCUUCUAG